AUGUCGGCCGAACCCGAGCCACGCCGCUCUGUCAGAGCCACAAAGGGACAGCACACAAAGGCAUUUGACGAAGUUGCCCCCGGCCCGAUGAAGCGAAGACAGACCAAGAAGAGCAAGAAGGCUCAAGAGCAGGAGACCGAGGCCGAGGACGAGCAAGAAGAGGUGAUUCGCUGCGUCUGCGGCGCCACUGAGCAGGACGAGGACUCUGGCGGCGCCUGGAUUUCGUGCGAGACCUGCUACGCCUGGCAGCACAAUGUGUGUGUCGGUGUGAGUUCGUACGAGGACGAGAUACCCGACUAUUACUGGUGCGAACGCUGCCGCCCUCAAGACCACACUGAGCUCCUCGAGGGCAUCGCCAAGGGCGAGAAACCAUGGGAGGCACGGCGCAAGGCCUUCGAAGAGAGAAAGGGACGACGGGGAGGCCGCAGACCAAAGGGCGGUCGUAGGAGCGAUACCAAGGAUGAUGCCGAGAGGGAGAGGGAUAGUCGGUUAAAGACUAAGGCUUCUCCCACCCCAGACUCGGCCAAGGACACCAAGGAUGCAGGCGGCAGCGCUAAGGGCAAGCGCAAGAAUCGCGAGGAUUCCCACGACACGGAUGGCAAGUCUUCCAAGGCGAGACGUGUGUCGGCCUCGCCCGCGUCGCCCAAACCCAAGUAUGUGCCACCCAAGGACCUUGAGCCAGCCAUCAAAGAGCUACCGCCAACACGGAACGGCCCGGCAAAGGCACUGAAAAAAUCUAUCGUUCACGUCAUGACUUCCAUGGCAAAGGAUGGUGGCAUCGAGGUUCCCGAGGGAUCGAGCAUCGAUGUCAUGGCUGAGACGUCGGCUCUGCAGAUUGAACGCGCCGUCUUCGAUACGCACCCUAUGUCCAAGGGCCAGAAGGAGUAUAGCCAGCAGAUAAAGUCGUUGACUUUCAACCUGAAGAACAACCCAGAAUUGAUGCACGGCCUCAUGGACGGGGCCCACACCCCCACGACGCUGGCUGUCAUGACAUCAGACCAGCUGGCAUCGUCUGAGAUGCAGCGUCAGACGGCCGAGAUGAGGGCCAAGGCCGAGAAGGCGUCCAUUCUCUAUCAACAGGAGACGUCCGGACCGCGUGUAAGGCGGACUCACAAAGGUGAGGAGGUGGUUGAGGAGGACGGCCUCAUCACCAACGACAAGGACGACGCACCACAACCGUCGUUGGCACGUCGAUCGGUAUCGAGUGCUGCCACAGGAAGGGACCAGGGAUCAAAUAUCAAGCACGAGUCGGGUGGUGAUUCGACCGACCAAGUCGAGCUGCCAGAGCCGGAACCCUCCCAUAAUGAGGCAGCGCAGCAGCAAGGCUCCCCUAGCCAGGCCAACUUCGACAUCAACAAGGUCUUUUCCAGCGUACGCUCCCCCUCAACAUCAAAGCCUCGUCGGCCGUCUGUGCUGACGGGGCCGGCCGGUGGUCCUGGAGAAGAUGCCGACGUGGACCGUAUGCUGCAGGACGAAGACGACUCACCCCCUUACUCGCCAACCGAUGAGGCGCAGGACCCAGGUGUUGUGUGGCGUGGGUCGCUGGCUAUGAGCUCCAUUGCCGACUUCCAAGCCCGGGCCAAGCACGUCGGAGGUGCUAAUUUUGCGUCGAUUGGCCCGUGGUCCAAGUUGAUCCCGCCCCGGCUGGCAGUGGCCGGCCGCAUCCCCCAGCAGAGCGCCAUAGAGUACCUCUGCGGAUUGCGGUAUAGCCCCCUGACGGACGUUGUUGUCGUCAAUCUGGAACCGACGAGCUCCUCGUCGCAGUCCGAGUUCAAGGCCAUCAUCGACUACUUUGUCAGCAAGAAGCGGUACGGCGUCGUGGGCGACAAGGUAGCUGGUAACGUGAGGGACACUUACCUCGUGCCUGUGCCACCGGGCGAGGACAACCACCCAGAGUUCAUGCUCAACCUCAUGGACAAUCACAUCCCCAAGAGCCGGACUGAGCCCAUGCUCCUGGCGGUUUUUGUCUACCGCAACGACCCGUCACAGGUCAAGGCCAUCACACCUACGACGCCGGCUACCAGUGCUGGAGGCACACCCACCCCGGCGCCCAAGACGACGGUCGAGAGGAGCAAUUCGAUUCCUGGACCGACAUUUUCACCAGCCACCCCCCAGGCGCCACCCUUGGUUGCUGCUCCUGCUCCUGCCAUGACAGCUCUCCAAUCUACCACACCCGUACCUAUCCCUCAGCCUCCUCACGCACGCUCUCAACAACCUCAAGCCGCCGCCGCCGCUGCUGCAGCACUUCCUCAGCAGGCUCAGCCUCAGCAGGCUCAGCAGCAUCAGCCACAACCUCCGGUCGACGAGGCUCAAAGGCAGCAGGCCUUCCGGAAUGGACACGCAAUGGCUAACGAAGUUCUGGGCCCAGAGCUCAUGGCGUCGCCUACUGUGCACUUCCUGCUCCCGCAGGCAUGGCAAAUGUCGCGGAAGGAGUGGGAGGUGAUUCGGGACAUUUAUACGAGAGAACCUGCCUCGAGGGGGGAUUUGCAAUUCCUUGGACGGCUACUGGAAAAGGAGGGCAAGGCUUGA